ACUUCAGUUCCAAGAGCUCGCACAAUUUGGGGGCGGGGCUUGGUUUUGCUCAUUAGCAUAGAACCAAUAAGGAGAUUGUCAAGACACAACACUUGAUGGCUUUUCAUGAGUAUUUAAUGAAUGGGAUUUACAUCGACUUGCGAAAGUCGCGUGCAGUGGGAUGUGGCUUUCCCUGCGUUCAAUCAAGAUUUCUCUCAAGGACCUUAUUUAAUAUAUUAAUAGUGAUCUAUGAGAUCUCUCAGAACAAAGUCUCUUGUGUGAGCCACACUAGGCGUGAAGACGAUUUCCCUUCCAUUUUACAGGAUAUUAGUAAUUUUUGAAAAAAAAGUUUUUUUUCCUUGUGGAAGUUUGCUUUUCACUGAAGACUUUCAGUCGAAGAAGAAACAUCACACAAUCAAUGAUAGACGAAUUUGAUGCGGAGGGAUGACAUCUUUAGUUGAAAACUGUACUUCUCGCGAGUACCCUUCGGCGGUAGAGAAACUUAAUUUCCCAAGUAAACUCCUGAGCUUGCACACCACCAAUCAUCUGAAUUACAAAGUUCAGGACUCUAACGAUAACCUACAGGCUGACAAAGAAAACGAUGCUGACAGCGGAUGCAAUGAAAGCAUAACUUCCCCCACCAAGUCAGACGAUAAUUCCCAGGGAAAACAGGACGGCAAAAACGACCAAUCAGAGGAUUCCAAACUUCUCAGAGACAUCCUGCAAAACAAAGAGAAGGCAAUGGAGAAUAACAAUAUCGAGGAACCACGACUGUCCGAAAAUUUUGAAAGAAAAAAUUCAGAGGGCCAUAUGAUGAAAAACAUAAUAUCUUCCUUUAGUCAACAGGAUGAUGACAGGAAUUCUCUUAACUCAGAUUCCGGGGAUGAGAGCGAUUACGGGAGCUCUGGAGAACAAAUGAUAAAUGGAGACGAUUUAGACGGAAAUGACACGAGAUACGAUGGUGACAGUGCCAGCGAUAAUGGACUUUUUGGACCCGAAGACAGCAAAGAAGCUAAGCGCGCACGAGUGGAAAAUAUACUGUCCAACAUGCGCCCAUCCUCUCGAGAAUCAGGAGACCAAAAUGGGAUUCCCCUUCAAGAAGUUCGUCGACAAAAACGCAAACAGAAUCAACCCACACAACAUGAACCCAACUGGACUGACCCUUCUAGUCCCAAAUAUCGUCGAAUGGAAGAAAGAAUGGCUCUCCAAGAUCAAUUAGUCAAAUUACAGCAACAAUUGCACCUUGUUCAGAAACGUUAUGUGGAACUCUACGAUGAGGAACAGGAUGGAGAAAACCAGACGCGAUGUAGUGGCAGAGACUACUUCGUGGAGAGAAAUUUUCCGGACAGGAGUAUUCUUGAUGUUCCAAAACUUAAGGAUGGCAAAGUACUCCAAAGUGCAGAAAAGGCAAUGAAAAGCCAGUCAAGUAUAUUGGAAUCUCUGUCAGGCUCGAAAGUUCCUCAUGACAGUGAUAAAAAAAGUGAUAAACAGAACAUCCCCUUGCAAAAACUUGACAUAGAAAAUUUAUCAAAUUCAUUAAAAAGUGGUCUGUCUAACAUUCUUAAUCAAACUGUUGAUGACAUUGUUCAAAAAUUCAUUGAGGAAAGAUCUGCAAAACUACUAGAGAAAGAGCGCGAAAAGAAAAGAAAAGAGGAAGAGGCAAUCAAAGAAGCAAAACAAAAAGAAGAAACGCGACAGAAACAUCCCGAACAACAUCCAGGUCUGCCUCCUUUCAGGGAUCCAUUCCACGAUCUACGGCAUGAUCACAUUGGAAGUAUGGCAAGGAUUUUGGAAAAAGCCAGUGCCUUCGAUGCACCUCGGGGUUUACCUCCGGAUCUACACAGACCACCCCACCAUCCCCUGCCUUUUCCAUUGCCGUUUUCCUACUUUCCGUCACAAAUGAUGCAUCCGCCAUCUUUGUAUAGUUGUGCACCACCCACACUCACAGAGCCUGAACAAACUGAGGCUCUGCCUUUAGUAGUGAACGGUACCAGUACCCCCAAAAAGAAACGCACCAAAGUAACAGACACUAGACUCUCUCCUCGUGCAGCUCGUGCCUUACUAGGCCAAGACCCUAUUCACCUCAACCCAUCAGGCGAAAUGGAUCGCCAUCCACCAACCUCGUUCCCGACUCUAAUUCCACCGGUCCUUCCGACCAGUGUAGCAAUCCCAAACCCCAGUCUACAGGAAUCAACUCUAAUGAGUUACUAUAGAGACCAUACACCAUUUAGCGACUUAUCUAGGAACCACUCCCCGAUGCAUAGGGAAAACUACUCGCCAAGCACGGCUCCAUCCCCAGCGGACAGCAUUAACACAAUGAUGAAGUUCGAGUCCAUGGAGAGCGGCUCAGACAGCUAUGAUAACUCAAGUAUGCACAUGACUAGUACAUUGACUCCUAUGCAUCUGAGGAAGGCCAAACUGAUGUUCUUUUACGUCCGAUACCCAAGCUCCGCCAUUUUGAAAGUGUACUUCCCGGAUGUCAAGUUCAACAAGAACAACACUGCACAACUCGUCAAAUGGUUCAGCAAUUUCCGGGAAUUCUUCUAUAUUCAAAUGGAGAAAUAUGCCCGACAAGCCAUUGCAGAAGGGUGCAAGUCUGUUGAUGACCUUGUAGUCACGACAGAGUCCGAGCUGUACCGAGUACUAAACCUCCACUACAAUCGGAACAACCAAAUAGAGGUGCCAGAUAACUUUAGACUCGUAAUACAGGCCACCCUGAGGGAAUUCUAUAAGUCUGUCGUCGCCUGCAAGGAUUCUGAACCUUCCUGGAAAAAAGCUAUCUACAAAAUCAUCGCUCGCAUGGAUGACGGUCUUCCAGAAUAUUUCAAAUCGCCAAACUGGAUGGACCAGCUAGGCGACAUGUAAACAAAGAGCACAGAACAAUUUCGUAAAUCAACAUAUGUGAAAUGUUUUGGGAAUUCCAAAUCAACAAUUUCUUUUGUUGUUUGUGCAAUAUUCCUCACUUGUAUUCAAUAUUAUUUUUUUAUUUCCAUAAGAAAUAUUUUGAAGGUUCAUAUAUACCAGUUGUUUUGUCUAGUUUGAGUGCUAUAAUUUAUUGUUUUUGUUCGUAUGUCAGUUUAGAAACUUGACAUUUGCAAUAGCACCAUUAUCUGUUUUGACAUUCCCUUUGCAUAAUCCAUAUGAAAAAAAGCAGUUUUAUUUUUUUAAACUGCAUUACAACAAAUAACAUUCCUGUAUUGAUUAAAAGGCGGUGUUGAGAGCAACAUGUUUUGUCUUUUUUAAUAUAAGAAAUGCUCAAAAGCUGUCAUUCUAGUCAUAAACGCCAUCAAAUCGUUAAUAUAUAACCCUACGUACUGGCCACUGAUUUUUACACCUUUACCGUGUUGUGCAAUGAUUCCAAAACCUUUUUUUUUUUGUUUUAAUUUUACAUGUAUAUACACGACUCGCAUGGAUUGGCAUGAUAAGUGUGUUUAGAAAAAUGUACAAAUGCUGCAUCUGUUUAUAGACUAAAAGAUUGUGUUCUGAUCGAGUUAUAUUUGCGGACUUUUACUCUGCUUUAUUUUACAACAUGCCUUGAUUCAAUGUAUUUGCACUUGAUUCACACUUUUAGUUUAAAAUGAUUUGAUACUUUACAAAACCUAGUCAAAUAAUUAGCAACAUGAGAUUAUUGCCCAUUUGUUUUUUAAAUCAUAUUUGUGCAAUCACUAUUCUUUGAUUGGCAGCUUCAUUGUCAUGUUUUUUUUUUCUUAACCAUGAAAAUUAACCAAUCAUUUUUCAUUUCUUUUCGAAUAUUUCUGCUCCUAAAUUUACAUGUAAAUUCUAAUCGAUGAGGAAGUACCAAUAAUGUAUAUAGUAUACGUACUUUUAAUGAUGUUGAAAUCAUCAAUCUGCAAGGUUGUCUUGUAAAUUUUUAAAUUAUCCAGUAUUGACAAUGAACAGGAAAUAUACAGUUUUUCCGGAAAUGGCGAUGCUGUAAGUUGACAUAACUUUUAAAGUAUUCUUGUAUUCGCUGUAGAUUAGAUUCAAUAAAUUGUUAUGACCAAUAA